AUGGAACUACCGCGGCAGGAGGCGCUGCAGCAGUCAACUGACAUGAACGCCCACGACGCCGUGGUCUCGUCGACACCCGCACCCGAAUCGUACGUCUACGCCUGCCGCAAGUGCCGAUGCGUUUUGUUCCGGCAACACGAGAUUGUGCCGCACAACGCAGAGCCUGGCAGCUGUGGCAACAAGGGUUUCAAACAGCGUGGUGGAGGCCCCACCUCUCAGCAGCAGCAGCGAGAAGCUUACGCGGCGCGGGAGGGCGAGGUGUGCACAAGCUAUUUCCUUGACCCGGACGCCUCACCGUGGGUAGCGGAGGAGAGCCGUGAGGUGCAUCGGGUGAGUGGCGGGGCCGAUGUCAUGCCAGACACCAUCUACUGCCUCAAUCGCAGCUGCCAUACAAAAAUUGGAACACAGUCGUGGGUGGGCUCGCAGUGCUCUUGCGGUGCAUGGGUGGCGCCGGCGUUCAAGAUUCACAGUCGCGUAGUGGACAAAAUGCCAGCUGCGUAA